AUCGAAUACAUCACUUUUUUUUAAUCUCUCGACAGCCACGGAGUGGAGUCUUCUGUUUUCUGAUAACCGAAGCCCGCGAAACGACUGCCCUCGAGAUGCCCGAUCACGAGAACACGUUUGUGUUGAAAGCCGACAACAACAUGGAGUACGUGAUCGAAGCGCGGGAUACCGAUGACAUGCGCAGCUGGCUGGCCACAAUACGCUACUGCAUGCGAAGCACACCAACUUCACAACUACCACCGAUUUCGGAUUUGAACACUAGCCUGAAUACCUCAACAUCACAUGGCGGCGGCGGUGGCGGUGGAGGAGCUGGCCCUGGGGGAGGAACUACGACGACCUCUGGCACUGGAGCAGGUCUCUCGAACUCCCUGAUCAACGAUGUGAACAACCUCAGCCUGAAUCAGUCGGCGUUGAACGCCGUUCCGACCAUGAUGGCUCCGGAGUUGCCACCGAGACGUCCCGAUGACAGAAUAUCGUCUUCGUCCAAUUUCGAGCUGACCGAGGGAGACCUGGAACAGGUUCACGAAACUGACACCGACCUGACGAUGAUGAUGCGCGAGUACCCGUGGUUCCAUGGUACGUUACCUCGAUCCGAUGCGGCCCAGCUGGUGCUCCACAAUGGUAUUUCUAGUCACGGUGUGUUCCUCGUGCGGCAGAGUGAAACCCGAAAGGGUGAAUUUGUGCUGACCUUUAACUUCCAAGGCAAAGCCAAACACCUUCGGAUGACCCUGAACGAUCUGGGCCAAUGCCGGGUGCAGCAUUUAUGGUUCCCCUCGAUAACGGAAAUGCUGGAACACUUCCGGCAGCAUCCGAUCCCACUCGAGUCCGGCGGAACGGCUGACGUCACGCUGACCAACUUCGUUAUUCUUCCCUCGCAUGCUAUGGCCGCCACCCAUCAGCAACAACAGUCCAAUAGCAACAACUACUCAACGACCACCAUCGGAACCGGAGCCGGAUCCGGAGCGGCGGCGGCCGGAACAGGUGCCACAGGAACCAGUGCCAAUCCGAACACCAGCCCGAGACAUCCCUUGCAAGUGAUCACCAUGAAUGGAAGCGUGCGCAUCAAGACCUGUGACCUGGAGCUGUCCCAGCAGACCGUUCCGAUCCACGAGCUGUCCGGAGGUGCUACGGGAGGAAACUCAACCGCUCCAUCUGGCGGUGGCGGUCAGCAACAACAUCAGUUGCAGCAACAGCAGUCGCAGCAACAACAACCACAGCAGCAACAGAUGCAGCAACAACAGUCGACAUCAUCCAAUACAGGGGCAGCUUCCGGUGACGAUGGUCAACGGGCUGUCGAUAAUCAGUAUAGCUAUGUUUGAAAGCUGUAACUUCGAGCCAAAAAAAACUGAAAUUGAUGAAAAGCCUAUAUCGGACGGAAUCAUGGAAUUGAUAAUAGUUGUUUAUAUAUAUGCUAAACUUACAAAGGCUACCAAUUGUUCAAGAAAAAUCAAAUCAUUCAUCCAACCAAGUAACUAAUAACUGCAACCGAGUGGUGUUCAUCGAUAAUUUUUUUUUGUACAUAGUGAUUUAAUGCGGCAAACUAAUUGGGCACGUACAGCCGAGGUUUUCCAUACCACGAUGACAAAUUUUUGAGACAAACGGAAAAACCUUGAAAAGGUUUGGAACCUAAGAAAAAAAAGUUACAUCGUUUACCUUUAAUCUGUCAGUUAAUAAGAUUAUUAGUAAGAAAUAAAAAAGUAAGAAAAAAAACAUUUGGAAGAGACGAAACGUUUCAAAUCCUGCCCUAAUUUUAAAAUAAUUAAAGGAUACAUGUUAAAGGCCAAAAUAAUUUGAAAUCAAGACUAAUUAAGGCAAAAGAGUGACAAGAGAUCAAAUCUGGUUGGUAUAGAUAUAGGUUUCAAAUCAUCAAAACCUUCGAAACUUAGGAAAAAAUACUAAUGAUAUAACCGUGGUAUGAAAAAUUGAUUCCUGUACACAGGCCUGGCCGACUGCAAUCUCUCCUCUGUAAUAUGCUUCUCAACUACCUUACAACCUAUUGUAUCGAUAUAAGUUCUUGUAAUAACGCGUAGCUAACUCAAUUCAUACGCACACAACAACAAAAUUAUUAGACAACGCAUGAUGGCAGUUCAAAACUGUGUAUUUGAUGUUAUACCCUAGAAUAUACAAGACCAAAUGAAUUCCGA